AGGGCGCCACUUCCUACCAGAGAACCCCUAACAAGUGCAGAACGGUGCAGAAGGCUACUUCCCAUGUAAACAGAACAGUCUCAGGCGAAUUCAGUUGAGCACAUUACUGUGGGUAACGUUCUCGCAGAAGGUUUUAAUUUGCAGCCUUUGUUUUCUCUGUCAAGAUGUAUUUUACGCAUUCCACGUUAGUACACUCUGUUCCACAGUAAUAUUUGAGUGAUGCAAUGCUUACUGAAGUCACAGAGUAUUAUGGACAACAGAGAGAAAACGAGUUAAAUCAUGAAACAUCUGAUCUUAACGUCGUUUUUAGUGGUUGCCCUGUGUGGUUCACACCAUGUUGCCUGUUUGGAGUCGAGUCAAUUGGGAGGGACAUCGUCGUCUCAUCAUGUAUGGAACAACGUGAGUUUCAUUGGAACGCAACCCUUUGCGGGAAUUAUGAAGGGGGCCGCCGACGAAUGCGAUGUUGUUAUGAACUUGAGUGCCAAUCAGCGCUGUGAGUUCGUCAAAAACACCCCCGACUGUAGCCGAGAGGACGGCUUCAUCAACUACCCACGCUUCACUUUCUGCCAGUUUUCUCCCAGACUCCUGCCCCUGGCCAUCACGAUCUAUGCAGUAUGGCUGCUGUUCUUGUUCCUGGCACUUGGACUUGCCGCCUCAAAAUUCUUCUGCCCGAAUCUGUCUGCUAUUUCCUCCACGUUAAGGCUGACGCACAACGUUGCUGGAGUGACCUUUCUGGCGCUGGGGAACGGCGCCCCUGAUGUCUUCAGUGCUAUGGCUGCUUUCUCGCGACCCCAGACCGCUGGACUGGCCAUCGGGGCGCUUUUUGGUGCUGGGAUAUUUGUGACCACCGUAGUGGCCGGCAGUGUGGCUUUGGUGAAGCCCUUCACGGUGGCCUCCAGGCCCUUUCUGAGGGACAUGGUUUUCUAUAUGGCAGCUGUCUUCUGGACCUUCACCAUUCUCUACAAAGGACAUAUAGCCCUGGCAGAGGCACUGGGAUACAUUGGCCUGUAUAUGGUGUAUGUUGCUACUGUCCUGAUAAGUGCAUACAUCUACAAUUAUCGGAAGCGCUCCAUCAUUGGGCCCACUCCUGCACAUACACCAGAUUUGCUGACUAGUGAUGAAUACUCCGAGAGUCUCAACAAGAGCAUACAAACCUAUGAUGACGAGUAUCAGCCUCUGCUUCCCCACACGCUCACCACUAGCCAGAUCUUCCUGGGCUCCCUGAAGCCCGUGGACAGCAGGAAGUGGAGGAGGAAGUCCUGGGGCUGGAGGCUCUUGAAGGUGGUGAAGAUUCCGCUGGAGGUGUUGCUGCUUCUAACUGUGCCUGUAGUGGACCCAGAUAAAGAGGACCACAACUGGAACAGGCCCCUCAACUCCCUCCACAUCGUCACUGGGCCUCUAGUGUGCAUUCUUACCUUUAAUGCAGGACAGUAUGGCCUGUACCGGAUACAGGGCGGGUUCCCUGUCUGGGCCCUGGUGGUGUUGAUUGGUGUUUUCUUAGCUGCUAUAGUCUUCUGCUCCACCACCAACGAGCAGCCACCACCAUACCACUUUCUGUUCUCUCUGCUGGGCUUUGUGGUGAGUGCCCUGUGGAUCAACACGGCGGCGUCCGAGGUGGUCAGUGUGCUGCACAUGUUGGGCAUCGUCUUCAGCCUCAGCAACACCGUGUUGGGGCUCACACUACUGGCCUGGGGCAACAGCAUCGGAGACUUGUUCUCCGACACCCUGAUCGCUCGCCAGGGCUAUCCUCGCAUGGCCAUAUCGGCCUGUUUUGGAGGAAUCAUCUUCAACAUGCUGUUUGGCGUAGGUUUGGGCUGCUUACUGCAGAUGUUCGGUGGCCAUCAUGAAGUAAAGUUUGAGCCGGAGGGCCUCCUGUGUUGGAUCCUGUCCGGUGCGCUGGGCCUCAGUCUGGUCUUGUCCUUCGUGCUGGUUCCGCUACAGUGCUUCCAUCUGACCCGCGCCUACGGCAUCUUCCUCAUCGUCUUCUACUGCGUCUUCCUGCUGGUGGCGCUCCUCACCGAGUUCGGGAAGAUCCACUUGGGCACUCUGUGACGUCCACGGAGGACUGACCAGGACACUGAUGGACCUUAUCCAUUGGGACGAUCACAGAACUGAAGAAGCCAAUGCAACGGACAAUCUGCUGAUUGCUAACUGCGCUGCCCAUGGGUGGCACUGUUCACGGGUAGCACUGUACCGUUACUAUGGACAAAUCCACAAAAGGUGAAUGUGUUUCGUUGCAUUACACGUUUUAUACUUAUGAUAUUGUGAAUUUACAGUCCAUGGAAGACAAAAAUUGGUCUUAUUUAACGAUUGCACAUGAAUGUGUGGUGGUGUGAACAAAAUGCUCUUGGCUGUCCAUGGCUAGCCCAUGUUUAAUGCCAGUAAUGCAUCUGGAGUGAUGUAUCGCCUUUUGACAAGAAAAGCGUCAUGGGCUAUGUCUACUACACGUCCAUGUGUGUUUAUAUGGCAGCCUGAAAUGGCUGCUGUACAUGUGCACUCUUUGAGUGGGUGUACAUGUGAAUCAUGCACUAGCAUUUGUAGUAGGGGAAAAUGCAUGUCAUGUUUAGAUCAUCUGUGGCAUUUUCAAGUUUUUUUCCUCCAUCUAAAAAGGUGAGUAGGUUAUAACACCAAGAAGAACACAUGCAUCACUAUUGAACUGGGUGUAUUAUUGUUCACAAGCACUUUACACCACAAUUACUGAAAGAACUUGAGCCUUGCACGUCCUUUCCACAAGUAGUGGCCUGGGCAAAUAUGUGGCUUGUGGACACUGUUUUAAGUGCUGCUUGAACAAUGGAUGCUUCAGCAGAAAGGCAGGUCUGACCUGCUGGACUAAAGUAUUCAAAUGAUGAUUUGUGUCCAACACAGACUAGGGAGGUCCUCUGACAGUACUGUACUCUCUUUGAAGAGUCACUGAUAUUCAGCACUGGAAUGUAUCAUGGUUGGGGAAAAUUACCUGUAUGUCAAAUGUAGUUAAACACAAGGGAUAUGACAUCGGAAUUCAACAUUUUGGUAGAUGGUAUCAAAACAGUUGAACACUUAACUUUGUGAUUAAAGUCAUUUGUAGCCUC